AACCCAGUUGAUUAUCGCAAGUCAACUUUCAUGUCAUCUUUGAUAUCUACUUAGAAAACAAAAUGGCUCCAUUGUAAUGACUCUCAUUAAAAUAGGAGUGAAAGAGCAAGUUGUUACAGUGAUGUAAUAGUAUUCAAUUUUGCAUGUCAGUAAAUACAAUCAGAAUAAUCAAGCUAAGCAAGUGUUUGCGUAUUCAUUUGACGAAGUCAUCAUGGGCGAAAACGACAGAGAAAAUAUCAGUGGACGUAUCAAGAGGUUGGGAUUUAAGCCUCAAAGAGAAAUUGUGUAUUGUAAACUUUUACCUUAUGCGAAUCAACUUGAUGAAGAAUCAGUUCGCAUGUUGUCGGAAAUUAAAGCUAACUUGGGAAGAGCAGUGAUGAUGAGAGAAAUGCGACCAGGAUGUGGAAUGUGGACAGCUAGAUUAUCUAAGUAUGUGAAGUUGUAUGGGAUGAAGUUUUCUAAAGAGGACCACCUGAACUUCAUUCAUCUGAUGUAUCAGUUAGUCACAAUUCCUAACUUGGAGCCAUGGCUGGUCAGCAAAUUCAGUCUGGCAUUGAUUAUUCUUCUGAAGAAAAAGGAGCUGAUUUCUCCAGAGGAACUGGAGCUCCCUUGGAGACCUCUGUAUGACCUCUGUAAGCGGAUCAUGUCCACCGGUCCCGUGGCUGUCGGCAUGUACCGCUGCUUCUCGUCUCUAGAUGGCACCCUGAACAAACUAGUACACGCUGCCAGACACUAUUUCCCUGCCUCAGCCACUCAGGAGAUACUGGACUUGUUCCGACCCCAGCUAUGCCCCUUUGACUCGGGCUCAAUAUGCACUGCACUGGAAAUGCUAGAGUGGUUUCUCCCCAUUGCACUGUCUCCUGAAAAGAGCUGCCUGGGGCACCAGCUAUGGUUUCAUGAGUUUAUGAAUUUGUGGGAGGUGUGCCACAAUGCACCUGCCUGGGAAGGGGCCAUGAUGUGGCUCAUGGCACGGCUGGCAUGGUGGAACAUUGGCUACAUUGACUGGGAGCCACACAUCCCGGUGAUGUUCACCAGGUUCUUGCGCAGUCUCAAUCUCCCUGUCUCUUACAAGAACAUGCAGUCUUCCAAACAUCACAAACUGGACACUUCAGCCAUAGCACUCUGGAUCGUGUCUGUGUUGGGAGGUGGCAGCUCUGCCCAGAAGUACCUGGACAAGUUCAUGAAAGCCAUUGAGUCAUACUUCCACCCCGCCAACUUUGGACGUUGGUUGGUGAAGCUCAAGGAUGUGCUAUGCAAACUGCCAUUUUAUUUCGUCCAGCGACUGCACACAGAGCGGUACAAGAAGCUGACUUGGGAGACGCCCAUACCAGAUAGUCACAGACUCACGGAGGAGGACAUCACUAACUUUGUGGAGUCCAUCAAACCUGUUGCUAUGCAAGCCAUGUUCUCCAAGAUGGGUCUUGUAGAAGUGAGCCAGGCAUUGCAGCAUCUGGCAACACUGCGUCCAGCCAUCAUCAUCCCUCAGAUAAUUGAUAGGAUGUACUCCAGCUUGGAGGUGCUAACAGAGCCCCACAAGCUUACGGCAGCCAUGCAGUGCAUGGUCGCAGUGGCACGUCCGAUGGUGCAGGGUGGUAGUUAUAAGGAAGGAUCAACUCACGUCAUUCCGUUGCUCAUGUCGACACUGCCGGGAAUAGACCCAAAUGACAUCAAGAAGUGCUUUGUCACAUUCCAGUUCAUCUCCACAUUUGCAACGUUGGUCCCCAUUGUGGACUGCUCGUCUGCCUCGAAGUACUGGAACAGUCUGACAGAGGAAGAGGAGACAAUCUGCCUGGCCACAGCAGACUUUGAAGACUUUGUGCUGCAGUUUCUGGACCGCUGCUUUGCGCUCAUCGAGAGCAGUUCCAUGGAAGUGACUCGGUUGGAGCGUGAGGAGGACAAGCGGAGCAAACUGGAAAAUAUGGCGGAGGGAGCGCUGUCUUCCACCUGUACUUCUGUGCUCAUGCAGACCUCAUCUCACAUCUUCAAGUCAGCCCUAAAGAAGCUUCACUCCUUUGUGACUGGACACAUCCUUGAGACAAAGGUUGCAGGACACUUUAUGGCAACAGUGGUUCGUUCAUUUGCCAAGGUGAACCCUGAGGAGACACUGCGAGUGCUGGUGCCACACCUGUGUGACACUGUGCUCGCUCUGGUGGAAAGUGAUGAUGUUCUGCAGGAGGACAUCCUUGACAAUGAGCUGCUGUACAACCUGCUGCUACUAUCUGAAGUGGUCGACUGCCGUGGCAGUGCUCUGCUGCCCUAUGUGGCCACGCUGCAGCAGGUGAUGGACCGUACGCUGCAUCUGACGUGUCGUGAGGGGUACCUGUCUUCAAGCUGUAUCCUGCGUCAUGUCUUGUCCAGCCUGACAUCUGUAACUCCAGUAGACUACCGCAGCAUUGCCGGAUCCUUCGAUCGGCCCGUCAAGGAUUACCUGCCCAUAAAGGACUGGGGAAAGCCGGGCAACCCUUACAGCAUGCAGCUAAAGUGGUAUGUGCCAGGUAACAAUGAAGUUGCUUGUGUGCAGUCACUCAUCAGUAGGUAUCUGCCUCCUGAGCUGCAGCGUGUUGAGAAAUUCAUCAGCGAUGAGCUUCAGCUAACCAGGGAGGAGCUGCAUUGUAGCCUGGGCAUUGUGAUUGCUGUGCUGGGUUGCCGCUCCAUGCUGCCUGUGUGGGAUGAGCUGCCUGUCAAGCUGAUUGAGAGUAGCUUGGCCGUCACUCCAUUUGUACCAAGUCUUGAUGUUGGGGCGGGGAAUGUCACAAUGCCAGAUGGUAGCAAUGUACGAAAAAAGGUAGCAGACACAGUAAACCAGCUGCAAGAGAAGCUGCUGCUUACUAGGGAGGAUGACACCAAGUCUUUCUUUAGUCUCAUCGUGCUAUGGGAGUACCUGCUUAUCGACCGCUUUGGUUCUAAGAGCAGCUACGAGAUGCACUGGAAGAACUUCCGCGUUGUAAAAAAAGUUCUCGAAAAUAAGCUUGUUGGACAGAAGCAGCACCUGCGUGCCCUCCUCAUAGACCGGACCAUGUUGCAGCACGAGUCCCUGCUAGAGCGAGGCAGCAUGUGUCUCACCCCAACUCACUGCCAGAUCAUGCUGAGCCUCCUGAAACUCAGCUCCAGUCAUUACAGUGAGGUGCGUUCUCGGGCCCAAGUGAAGCUCUUCACGGCGCUUGAUCAGUUCUCCUACUCCUACACAGUGCUCAUCCCUCACUUGCUAACGAACCUGCGGCAGGAUUCAAACCAGUUCCACGAGCAGUUCAAGGGUACACUGUAUGUGCUGCUCGGUCCAAGGCAGAACCCCCUGGUGACCCGGCACAACUGGGAGAUGUUGUUAAACCUCUGGCCUGCCAUUGUCUGCUCAAAGCCCUCGGAGAAGUUGUCUGUCAUCCGUCUGAUGGAGAAUAUCGUGGAGACGGUUCACAAGCACUUCCCCACAAUCACUAUCAGCCUUCAGAUACCAGAUCCGUGCCUUGACGCAGCUCGCAGGCUUUGGAAGUCAGAUCCAGCUCCCUGCUUCCCAGUCGUGUCAGAAGAGGAGGUUGCUGUUGGCUCACAGCAGCUGGAAGACAGGAACCAUUACAAUUUAGAUCAGUACCAAGCUCUGCUGAGCUCCCUAAUUGAUGCCAUGGAGCAUGAAAACUUGCACUGGCGCUACCAUGCGAUGGCGCUAAGUUUUCUGAGGGAUCUUGUUCAUCCUGACCUGGCUUAUCCUGCAAGGAUUGUGCGUUAUUUUUUGCUCACACUCAUACAUGACUCCCUGGAGCUAAGGAAGAUUGCUAUCCGCAGCACAGUAUUUCUGCUCAAGCAGCAAAAACGUUCCCACAAGAAGAUUUCUGUAGAUCCAUUGAGUUUCUCAGAGGGUAAGAGGGCUGAAGGCCCUGGGGAACGUGCUGACAACAUGUGGGUGCAGUACUGCAGUGAGACCCGGCCCCUGACAGCUGAAGAAUGGGACACUCCCCGCUACAUUCACAAGCCAUAUCAUGGCUUCUACUGUUGGCCUAAACAACUACAAGUUUAUGCUCCUUCUGGGGAUCAGCCGGCACUGGACCGGAAGCUUAAUGAGCUGACAGAUGCAGAGAAAGAGGUCUUCUUGUUUUUCUCAGACCAGAACAAUGUUGACCGGCUGAUUGAAUUCCUUGCCCUUGAAGAGAAGAAAGGCAAAGACAAAUUCAAUGGCUUUCGCUUCAUCAUGUUCAAGGGCCUUUUCCGAAACCACGGAGACGUGCACCUCAAGUACUUCCUACCUCACCUGGAGCGCCUGGUAACAGACAAACAUGAGAGUAGCCAGCGCUGUGCUGCAGAAGUCAUUGCCGGAAUGAUCCGGGGGGCCAAGCACUGGCCCUUCCACAAGGUAUCUGCUCUGUGGGAAUCAUUGACGCCCAUCAUCCGUCUUGCAUUGCUCAACAUUACUGUGGAGACCGUCACAGACUGGGGCAUAUGCUUUGCCACUGCAGCGGAGAACAGGGACCCAAACCGACAUCAUUGGUUGCUGGAGUUGCUGGUGGAAGAGCCCCUGCGUGAUGAGGCCUCCUUCAUUGAGUGUGGGCGACUGUACGCGCUACAAGGUGCUCUGAAUCAGCAAGUGUGGCGUGUCUCAGAGUUAUUCCACCGGUUGCUGAAUUACUUGAAACCGUUCCUCACGCAUUCAUUCCAGAACGUUCGUGAAAGGCUGGGAAGUGUCAUAUCAAAUAUCUUUGAGCCUGACAUUGUGUUGCAUGAUGGGAACUGCACUUCCUCUCCUCAUAUCGCCGCUUUUGUGUCAGAACUUAUGCCCAGGCUCGCUGUGCUGUAUGAGAUAGGACCCGAGGCCGUGCAGUGUUCCGGCAACCACAUCAUCGUGAGAAAGAACUCGAGUAGGGAGGUCGCUGGCGCGGCGGCAGACGCGUCACAGAAGAUUCAGGCGAACAGCGAGGAGCGCGACAUGGCGAUUCGAUUGCUGAAGACAGUUUGCAAGUGGGUGACCGGGAGCGUCGCACGAGUGCAGUACGCGACGACCGCCGAAUACUACGAGUUCUUCCCCCUUGUGUGCCUCAUGUCCAACUAUGAGGCAGAUGAGGAACUGAGCAAGACCUGCAUCACUAUGUUGGCACUGAUGGGGCAGGCUCUCACCUUACCACAACACAUCCCAGUUGUGCUGCGUUCUGUCAGCAAGGUGUCUGAGAGUGCGUCGUGGUGGGCGAGAUCAUCCUGUGUGGAGUUCUUGCAGGUGUUUGUGUUUCACAACAUGGCCACUGUCCUCAGCAAACAAGUCUGGGCUCAUGAGGUGGUGGACAUUGUGCUGCGGCUGCUGGAAGAUGACUGGCUCGAAGUGCGUGAGAAAGCAUCACAGGUGCUGGGAGGCUUACUGCACUGCAACUUCAUUGAGUCACCGGAUGACCUCAUUGAGAGGUUUAAGCUGAAGUCAAAGACAAGGCUAAAGAAGAAACAUGCACUGGACACGAUUACGCUGCAGUCGCUCAAGCUGCGUCACUCGGGAAUUCUAGGACUCUGUGCCUUCAUCAACGCCUACCCAUAUGAUGUGCCCGAGUUUGUGCCAGAUAUGUUCCUGCUCCUGGGAGACCACCUCAAUGACCCACAGCCCAUACCAUCCACCAUCAGGAAGACGCUUGGUGACUUCAAGCGAACACAUCAUGACAGCUGGGAACAGCACAGUCUGAAGUUCACAGAGCAACAGUUGGCAGUCCUGCAAGAUCUCACCAUCCCACCUACGUACUAUGCUUAAAAAUGCCUUUGUAGUAAUGUGUCUUAUUCUGGUUUGAUAGGUCAUCUCCUGUCUUCACUGUUCUGAGGUUGACAGCUUCUGAACAAAUACAGUUUAAUGAAUUUAUGUAAAGGGCUGUUUUUACAUGUGAUAAAUUACAUUAAUGUGGGAAACUUUAUGAUUGUUCAUUUGGAAAUUUAAAUUUAAGCACACAUUAGCUGCAUUCAUAGCACAGGUGUUCUUUUUGGGAUUUGAGUAUGUGACAUUAAAAGUAAAUUUGGGAACUUCACAAUUGCAUCAUAUCAUAUUCCCAUUAAUGGGUACAUCUUUCCAGCUUUGUGUAAGAGUAAUUAAUGCAUGUUAGGGUGUACCCAUUGAAAUUUCAGAAACAGAUUGCAUAAACUAUAUUCUAAUCUUGCAUUAAACGUGACCACAAAAUAAACAAACUUCUGUAUUCUAUUGUA